CGAGGGUUGUUUCCGUCCGGUCGUUUUGCGGAGACGGACCGCAGCAACAUGACAGCGGCUGGUGGUACAAGAGUUGUGGAUGCAGCAGAAGGAGCAGAAAGAGAUGAAGAGGAGAAACUACAGAUCAUGAAAGGCGCAGCGUUUCUGACCACGGUGGCGUCUGCAGGGAUGAUCGCAGGAUUUGGCUCCACAUUAGCGCUGGCCAAGAAGAAAAGCCCAGACUGGUUUAGUAAGGGCGUCGCAGCAACAGCAUCGGUACCAGAGAGUGGAGCAUCUCUGGCUCUCAGAGCUCUGGGUUGGGGCUCCCUGUACGCCUGGUGUGGAGUCGGUCUGCUCAGUUUCACUGUGUGGAAAGCCCUCGGUGUCCACAGUUUACCUGAGUUCAGACAGAAGAUGCAGUCAUUCUUCCCGUCCAUACCAAAGAGCGCAGAGGAUGCUGGAUCAGAACCUCUGGACUGGGAGUCUGUAUUCAAGUCAAAGUCACCUGAAUCAACAAGAGACUGAAAAUGCACGAGGACACUAACAAUGCCUCUGCUGACGUGUUUCUCAGCAGCUGUUUCUGUUUUGUUCUGGAGGCAGCUGAGAAACUGGACAAUUCUAUGGACCAGUUUGUUCCCAGUCUGGCGCCCAGCAGCUCUUCUGGUUGACAAUGGUUGUGUAAUUGUGAAGAAGUGAAAUGAGUGAGCUGUGAGUUUUGGAAUGAUGACGUUAAAUGUUGAGGUGUAUGGCAAGAUUUUGCAUCGUUCUCUCCACAGAGGAUGUUGCAGUUGGUUAUAGUAAUAUAUAUAGAUAUAUGUAUAAUGAAAUAACAUGCACCAUGUUAUUAAGCAUCUAUUUUCAAUUCUGAAUGCGAUCUUAUGAUUUCAGCCUCUCUGAGCUGCUUUGGUUUUUUUCUCAGCUUUCUGUCACAUUUGUCCUGACAACAGUUUAGCUUCACAUUCAUAAUUUUCUACUGUGGUGGUUUUUACAGUUGUGAAAUGAAUAUAAAGGAAGCAGAACUCCACUGAAAAUGUGUUAAAUUCUGUGUGAAAGGAUGAAAAGCAUGACAAAAAGGCCAGGAAAUAGUGCUGAAGUGAUGCAGUAACAAAGAAAAAAAGAAAUAUUUAAAGAACUGAACUAAUUCAGAAGAGUUGCAAACUUUGAUUAAAAAAGGUUUAAUUUUGUUGAGGAAAAAAUAGUUGUGAAAAAAUUGUGAAUAAAAAUAUUUAAAGAAA